AUGUUGACCUUUUAUCUGUAUCCAAAGGGGAACAAUUGGGAGGAUGAGAGGCUAGAAGUCGUUUCCGAAGGGGAGUGCUUAAACCACCGAGGCUACCGGACAAGGGGGCCUGAGAAUGACGGGCACGACCAGGUGCCUGCGGUCCAGGGUGGUCCGUGGCAGGGGGAACCAGGCCUGGUGCGGGAGCUGCAAGGAGGGCACCUACGCUCACCACCUGUCGUGGACACCGUGCAGGGCAAAGUCCUGGGGAAGUAUGUCAGCUUAGAAGGAUUUGCACAGCCCUUGGCUGUUUUCCUGGGAGUCCCUUUUGCCAAGCCUCCCCUUGGGUCCCUGAGGUUUGCUCCUCCUCAGCCUGCGGAGCCGUGGAACCUGGUGAAGAACACCACCUCUUACCCUCCUGUGUGCUCUCAAGACAUAAAGUUGAUUCAAAUGUUCUCCAAGUUAUUUCUCAACGAAAAGGAGACGUUGCCUCUCAAGAGUUCUGAAGACUGCCUUUACCUAAAUAUUUACACGCCCGCUGACCUGAGCAAGAAAAGCAGGCUGCCGGUGAUGGUGUGGAUCCACGGAGGUGGUCUGAUGCAGGGCGCGGCAUCAACCUAUGAUGGACUGGUCCUCGCUGCCUAUGAAAACGUGGUAGUAGUGACCAUUCAGUACCGCCUGGGCAUCUGGGGAUUCUUCAGCACGGGGGAUGAACACAGCCCGGGGAACUGGGGUCACUUGGACCAGUUGGCUGCCCUGCACUGGGUCCAGGAGAACAUUGCCAACUUUGGAGGGAACCCUGGCUCUGUGACCAUCUUUGGAGAGUCAGCAGGAGGCGAAAGUGUAUCUGUUCUUGUGAUAUCUCCCCUAGCCAAGAAUCUCUUCCACCGGGCCAUCUCUGAGAGUGGUGUGGUCCUCACUGCUGCUCUGAGCAAGAAGGACAUGAAGACCUUAGCUCAGCAAAUUGCUAUCACUGCUGGGUGUAAAACCACCACUUCGGCUGUCAUAGUGCAGUGCCUGCGCCAGAAGUCAGAGGAAGAGCUCAUGGAUAUAACGCUGAAGAUGAAUUUUUUUCGUCUUGAUUUAUUUGAAGAUCCCAAAGAGAGCCACCCCUUCCUGCACACUGUGGUUGAUGGCGUGGUGCUUCCAAAGAUGCCUGAAGAGAUGCUGGCUGAAAAGAAACUCAACCCCGUCCCAUAUCUCCUCGGAAUCAACAAGCAUGAGUUUGGCUGGGUCCUUCCGCUGGUAAUGGGCUACCCGAUCUUUGACGGCAAGAUGGACGAGGAGAUGGCCACACUGCUCUUGUCGAAGUCCUACCCCUCCACAAACAUUCCCGAGGAACUGGCACCAAUGGUCGUUGAGAAGUAUUUGGGAAGGACAGACGACCCUGUUGCAAAGAAAGACCUGUUCCUAGAUUUGUUAGGAGAUGUGAUGUUUGUUUUUCCGUGUGUGACCGUGGCCCGUCACCACAGAGAUGCUGGAGCCCCCACCUAUGUGUAUGAGUUUCAGCAUCGCUUAAGCUUCUCAUCAGUCCUGAAACCCAAGACGUUGAUCGCAGACCACGGGGACGAGAUCUUCUUUGUCUUUGGGGUCCCGCUUUUAAAAGGGACCAACUCAGAAGAGAUCAAACUCAGCAAGAUGAUGAUGAAAUUCUGGGCCAACUUUGCUCGGAACGGGAACCCCAAUGGGGAGGGGCUGCCCCACUGGCCAGCAUAUGACCAGCAGGAAAAGUUCCUGCAGCUCGGCAUCCCCACCCAGGAGGCCCAGAAGCUGAAAGACAAGGAAAUGGCUUUCUGGGCCGAGCUCUUCAGCAAGGAAGCAGCCAAGAAGCCACCGCAAACAGAACACGUCGAGUUAUGAAUGGGCGGCCCAGGCAGCCUUGAAGAUUGGGGGGAGUGUAGGGAUAAUUCAACAAGUGUUCACAGGCCAAAGAGGUGUCUUACUGUGGAGGCUGGCGGAUUGUCAGGUGGGAGUGGCCUCAGUUUUUAGAAUAAAGUCAGUGUCUGU